UACAAGUACACCCCACCUUGCAUGCAUCCUAUAAAUAGGGGUUCUGCAUGGGACACUAUACUCACCAGCUCCUUCUUCGCUAUUACUUUUGGAUAGAUCAUUGGUGUUUUGAGAGAUUGCUUACGAUGGCUUCUAAAUCUUUGCUUCUCUUAAGUCUCAUUGUUGUUAUCCUCAUUGCCUCUGAGGUGGCAGCCAGGGACCUAGCUGAUAGCUCGGCAGAAAAUAAGAACAAUGAGAGAGAAGAAGGAAUGCAAACUGACCAGUAUGGAGGGUAUCCAGGAAGAGGGUACGGAGGAUACCCCGGUGGUGGAUAUGGGGGAAACCGAGGUGGCGGAUAUGGCGGAAACCGCGGUGGUGGAUACGGUGGUAGGGGCGGAUACGGAGGUCGUGGAAGAGGAUACUGUCGCUAUGGUUGUUGCUACAGAGGCUACUACGGUGGCUGCUCUAGGUGCUGUGCUUAUGCUGGUGAGGCUGUUCAAACUCAGCCGGAGAGUACUGAUCCAGCUCACUAGAAAAUCAUGCAUAUUGGAUUCCUCAUGCUGCAAUGGUUGUGAAGUAUAAGUCUCAAGUCAAAUAAACGAGAAUCAAUUAAGAUAUAUAUAGUGAAGUACCAGGGUUUGAAAAGUUUGUCAUAAAGAUAAAAGAAAAUGGAAGUUUUUUUUUUCUAAUGUGGUGUUAUAAUAAGAUUACCAAAAAAAGAGUGGUGUUGUAAUAAAUGUUUGUGUGAUAAAAAGUUUGUUUGAUGUAUGGAAUAUGAAUCAUAUAUUAAUAUGCUACGCAUCUAAAAUGCAGUUAUCA